GAAAGUGAACGUUUUGCACACUUUCGGCCGGGACCGCCAGGUUCAAUCCUCAUUUACCUGAUUUUGGUGAAAAAGGAUUAAAUGGGACUGUUUGAAAUCUCAGCGCCCCCUAAAGGCUUAGAACUGCAAUACAAGGAGCUAUUUACAACUGAAGCUUUAAACUUUGUAGCUGAGCUUGUUCUCAAGUUUGAGAGUGAAGUAGAACAGAUAUUGAGGGAUCGACAGAUAAAGAAAAUACAGCUUGACAAAGAAUGUGUGCUGCCAUCUUUUCUAGAAGAAACAAAACAUAUUCGCGAUUCUGAUUGGAGAGUUGCUCCUUUGCCAGAACGUCUCCUUUGUCGGCAUGUUGACAUUGGUGAUAUCUCACCGACCAAUCAGGAGCUCUUUCACAAAGCACUGAGGUCAAAAGCCUCGGGAGUUCAGGUUGAUUUUGAUGAUGGCCACUGUCCUACAUGGAACAAUCAGAUCAUUGGCUUAUAUAAUGUUCAGCAGGUGGUAGCAGGCAAAAUCCCAGAUAUUGAUAUUGCUACUUCUCCAUUGUUGAUGCUGAGACCAAGAGCUUGGAAUAUGAUGGAAUCAAAUAUGAUGGUAAAUGGGAAACAAGUGCCAGGUGCUCUCUUUGAUUUUGGUUUACUGAUGUACCAUAAUGCAGCCUCUUUACACAGACAUAAGUCAGGGCCUUUCUUCUAUCUUUCUAAGCUGGAAAACCACAUCGAGGCAAGACUCUGGGAGGAAAUUUUAACUUUUACAGAAAAGCAGUUAAAGUUGCCACGUGGAACAGCCAAGGUGUGUGUGUUGAUCGAAAACAUCCUUGCUGCAUUUGAGACUCAUGAGAUACUUUAUGAACUACGUGAUCAUAGUUUGGGUCUUAAUUGUGGAGUCUUCGACUACAGCGCCUCUAUCAUCCAAAAGUUUGGUAAAUGGAAAGGUUUUGUGCUACCCGACAGACAGAAGUAUGUCUCGAUGAAUGAACAUUUCCUGCAGCAGUACCUGGCUCUCGUUGUACAGACCUGCCACCAGAGGGCAUGUCCUGUAACUGCGGGAAUGGCUGCUGGAGUGUUGCCUAGCAACAAUAAACAAAAAUCACAAGAAAUCAUCGAAAAUGUUCUAAAAAGCAAGAGGACAGAGGUGGUGGCGGGUGUAGAUGGCUUCCUGGUGUAUGACCUUGGACUAGUGGAACCUGCCCUUCAGCUGUUGCAGGAACCAAGAGAAUGUGUACCAAAGUUAAAUAACCAAAUCACAUCAUCUGAUCUCUUGAGAAUACCCCAAGGUGGUGAUACAAUGGAAGGCUUGAAGCACAAUAUAGCUGUCACCAUUCUCUUCAUAUACGCCUGGUUUCAAGGUGAAGGCCACUUUGUGUACAAAGGUAACGUUGAAGAUUCUGCUACUGCCGAGAUAUCUCGCUCUCAAAUCUGGCAGUGGAUACGCCAUCAGGUCCCUCUGGAAACAUCAACGUCCACUGCUGCCAUGGCAACCACUGAGUCAACCCCUGUCACCAUAGUAACAGUCAAACUUGUGAAAACAUUAAUUGAGGCAUUUCUUCUGGAUUGCCACAAUAGUGAUGUUAUGUAUAAACAAGAUAGUAGAAGAUUAGAAGCUGCCGCUCGUGUCAUGGAGAAUAUUGUUACUUCUAGAGAGUUCCUAAACUUUAUUACUACAUAUUUGUAUGAGUCGAAUAUUGUCAAGUAUAUGCAAAAGAUGGAGUAAUGAUAGACAUACAAUGAUAUCAUUGUGAAAGAAUAGAGGUUUUGCUAUAUAACUUCUUAUUUGCAUAAUUAACUAUAAGGACUUACAUAGU